UUUCUCGCGGCCUUGUCCCACGUCGUCCGCCACCAGCCCAUGCUCCGCGUCGGUAUCGCAGCAGACGACUCCAACGACGCCCACUUCACGCACAUUCCCUCCAUCGACCUCCGGAACCACGUCUCCGUGACUCUUGUCCCCUGCCAGUCCGCGCAGGAAUACGAAGACAGGGUCGCUCAGCAGCAAGGAUGGGAGCACGACCAGAAGUUUGCCAAUAUAGCGGAGCGUCCGCCCUGGAGAAUCUCCAUCUUGCGGCCGAGCAGCGACGUCCCUGAGCUGCAAGGCAUCGAAGACGUCUUCUUUGCGUUUCAUCAUUCCAUCAUGGACGGCACCAGCGGGCGUCUCUUCCACGAGAUGCUCCUCGCUGCGCCGUCAUACCAACAGCGCCCAACGACAGCCGCCGAAGAAGAAGCAGCAGCAGCAGCAGCAGCAGCAGCAGAAGAAGAAGAAGAAGAGGAAUUCAUCCUCUCCUUUCCGGAUCCCCCCUCGCUGCCCGAAUCCCAAGAACAAGGCGUCGACUUCACCCUCUCGUGGAGCUACACCCUACGCACCCUCUGGACCGAACUCGGCCCCUCGUUCCUCAAGCCCGCCAAGCAGCCCAUCUGGAACGCCAUCCCCAUCGACCUCUCCCUGCCGUACAGAACCCGCGUCAAGACAAUCGACUACUCCCCCGAGCAGCUCUCGCAGUUACUCUCCGCAUGCAGAAGCCGCUCCGUGACGCUCACCGCGCUGCUGCACUCCCUCGUCUUGACGUCCCUCGCGAAACGCAUCCCCUCCCCGGAAGCAGCGCCGGCCUUUGCCGCCGCGACACCGCUCUCCAUGAGGCCGUUCUUGUCCCCCGCCAAGAGCGAUCCGGCACAUGCUUCUUCGCUGCGCUGUCUCGUCGCGGGCUGCUCGCACGAGUUUUCUCCCGAGACGGUCUCUGCGCUCAGGACGGCCGAGGACGCAGACGUUGUCAAUUCGUUGAUUUGGGCAAACGCGCAGCACGUCAAGGCCGAACUCGCGCAAAAGUUGGCCAGGAUCCCGCAGGACGACAUCAUGGGCCUGCUCAAGUAUAUCAGCGACUGGUUCGCUUUCUGGCGCGGCAGGGACGGCAAGCAGCGUGCUGAUUCGUGGGAGAUUAGCAACCUUGGUGUCCUCAAGAAUCCCCCUCGAGCCAAUGCUCAGGGAGAAGAGCACGAGGCUGGGAUGCCGAGGGCGACGCGUUUGCUGUUUACAAACGGGGCCAUGGUUGCCGGACCGCCAAUGGGAAUCAAUGUUGCGAGCGUGGAGGGAUCCGUCUUCACGAUUGGAUUGUCGUGGCAGGAUCGGGUUGUGGAGGACGAGUUGAUGGAGCAGCUGGCCGAGGAUUUGACCUCGUUU